AUUCACAACCUAAAGCCUUUGAACUUCAAAAACUAGUGUCUUAUUUACAACCUUUUUUUCACAACUUCCUCCUCAAAAGUAUCAAAACAUAACAAUGGGUUUUCGUUUAGCUGGUAUCAGAAAGAUGUCUCUUACAGCUAUCCAAGCAUCUUCAAAAGCCAUGGAUGUACCAAAGGGCUACCUUCCGGUCUAUGUUGGAGAGAAAAUGAAGAGGUUCUUCAUCCCAGUAUCAUAUUUGAACCAACCUUCAUUUCAAGAUUUGUUGAGUCAAGCUGAGGAAGAAUUCGGGUAUAACCAUCCAAUGGGUGGUCUUACAAUUCCUUGCAGAGAAGAUGUAUUCUUAGAUACCACCUCUCGUUUGAAUAGGUGCUAUAUCAUAAGAAUGGGUUUUCGGUUAGCUGGUAUUAGAAAGGCAACCCUGGCUGCGAUACAAGGAUCUUCAAAAGUCUUGGAUGUGCCAAAGGGCUACAUUGCAGUCUAUGUUGGAGAGAAAAUGAAACGGUUUGUGAUCCCUGUAUCAUAUUUGAACCAACCUUCAUUUCAAGAUUUGUUGAGUCAAGCUAAGGAAGAAUUCGGGUAUCACCAUCCAAUGGGUGGUCUCACAAUUCCUUGCAGAGAAGAUGUGUUCUUAAAUACCACUUCUCGCUUGAAUACGUGUUAAUCCUAUGAAGAUGAAACUGAAUUA